GUGCAUUUGUGCGUGCGGGGGUCAUUAUGUUACCACUAUGAGGUAUCUAGUUUUAGCAUUUAAUGUUUUUUUAGACGCCUUCACAUAAAAUCGCUUUCGCUUUUUUCUUUUGGUCUUCGUGGCUCGCCGUCGAGCGCUCCGUUCCCCUGGGGACGCGAAUCAACUUUGGAAUUGGGUUCCUGAAGUUUUAAAAGGCUUCUUGUAGUAAAAAAUAAAAUAAAAAAACACGGUUUUUAGACCCGGACGGAGCCGGAAAUCCAUGGCGCACCGCUCGGCCCCGGACUUCCCGGCCGUCCAUCUGGUUCUGGAGCAUUUGAAGGACCUGAACCGGCAGCUGGAGGAGGAAAGAGCCAGUCCCGAGGCCAGCGUCCACCUCAGCGCCCUGGCCGCGGCCGUCUCCGAGCUGGAGGCCAAGCGGCGCGCAGCGCACGGACAGCUGGAGGCUGAAACCACUGAGAACAACAAGCUGAGGCAUCAGCUUAAAAACACGUCCGACCGUGUGAAGGAAGAAAUGAUGGCGGAUGUAGCCGCAGCCAGGACGUCUAAUGCCGAGGAGAUGGAGCAGCUGCGCAAAGACCUCAGCCGGCUCUCUCACCUCCUGGAAGACUCUGAAGAAAAGCUGCAGACACUUGUAAACCAAAACAAAACGCUUCAAACAGAGCGGGAGCAGGUGAAGGCCGAGCAUGAAGCUGUCACUGCUGAUCUGAAUCAUCUCUUUGAUCUAAAAACCAACCAGCAGACGCAGCUGAACCAGAAGCUGCAGCUGAUAGAGGAGAUCAGAUCCUCCAUCGCUGGUGUCCAACAAGAAAAUGCAUCCCUCCAGGAAAUCAUGACGUCAGAGAGGGAGGCCUGCUCUGAGGAAAAACUCAGCCUGUCCAGAGAGAUGGACGAGAUGGAGGAGAGGAUUAAAAUGCAGAAAGAAGCCAUGGAGAAGAGGAGAGAUGGAGUGAAGGACAAGAAAGAAGAAAGUCUGCAGCGUUUUGGUGAACUCUGCGCUCGCCUGGAUGAAGAGGAGAAACACCUUCAGAGCGUGACAGCAUGUCGGAGCCAGUUUGAGCAACAGCUGCAGGAAGAGGCUGCAAGGAGCAAUGAUUUAUGUCAACGAAUGGAAACGCUGGAGAAGGAGUCCCACGGGUUAAAGGUCACAGCCAAAAWCCUUCAGGAGGAAACUGCAACAGUGGAAAGGAAACUAGAGGAGGAGCAAGCUGCCGCUCUGCUCCUCAGAGAGAAGAUGUCCAAGGCCCGGGAGGUUCUCAAGUACCGGCACGGAGAGGAAACCCAAGAGCGGGCUGAGCAUUGUUAUGUCUCCCAGCAACUGAGAAGGUCCAAMCUGCAGCUGGAGGAGCGCUUCACCUCCAUAGCUGUCCACAGCAGUGGCAUCAAGGAGAUGGAGAAGGAGAUCAGAUCACUCCAGAAAGCGGAGGUCCUCGCCAGGCGUGAGUUUGAGAGGAGGCGCRAGGAGCUGCAUGGGGAUCUGAAGAUGAUGAAGGAUAAGAUCAGUCAGUGUGAGGAGGACAAGAGGAGGUUCACUCAGCUCCUGGAGGAGUCGAAGAGCAGGCAGGAGGAGCACGUGGAGAAAGUGACGUCUGAUAUCGUCCGUGUCAAGAGGAGGUACGAGGAGCUGCUUCAGGAGGAGGCCACUCUCCUGCAGCUGCAGCCCAGAAGYGCGGACACCGACCUCCUGAUGAGCUACGUAAACCAAACUGAGCUGGAGUGCAAACAAACGAAGAAGAUCCUCCUGCAGGAGGUGCAGGCGAUCGACGCAGAGAUCCACUACAUCUGCAGGAGCACCGAGGAGAAGCAGAGAGAGCUGGAGGAGAAAGAGGAGGUGCAGGAGGAUUUGGAGGUGAGGUGGACCGAAGUGCUGAACGAACACGACAGACUCACCAGGGAGCUGGACCUGGAGAAGACCCAGCUGGAGCUGUGGAUUCAGCACACGAAGAACCAAACCGAGCUGCUGCUGCUGCCCAAACCGGACCUGAAGGCCCAGCUGGAGGAGCUGCAGGAGACCCACAUGGACCUGGUGAGAAAGCAGAGCUCAGAGCUCCUGGCUGCAGAGGUGAGCGUCUAUAAUGACAGCGUGAUGCUGAGGCAGGUCCGGGCGGAGAACAGCACCGUGGAGCUCUGCAUCAGACAGAUGACAGAGGAGCUCAGGACCAGCCGGCAGGAGGAGGAACACUUCCAGCAGGAGGAGCAGAACCUUCAACACAAAACUAAAGACACCGUGGAGAGUUUACAGGAGGCGUGGAAGCAGGAUGUGGAGCUGGUUCUGAAGUGUCAGAGCAGAGACCAGCACUUGUUGGACUCCAUGAGCUCACUGAGGAACAAACUGAGGAGCAGGGAGAAGCAGCUGAUGGGAGUCCUCUCCAUCCUGCACCAGAACAUGCUGGACUUCAGCAAACGCCUGGGAGACGCCGCUACGUCCAAGCAGCACAUCUGACAACAGUUUACUCUUUAUUCCCCUCAUGUUUUAGGUUGACUUUGUUUUUGGAUUGUAUUUCAAUACACCCACUAAACGUCACUCAUUAGUGACUCAGAAGAUUUUUAAGUUUUGUUUGUGAAACUCAGCGUGUUGAAUUAAAGUAAAACAGCAGCUCUUCUCA